AUGAGCGGAAACUUAAGUCAGUCAAAAACCCUUUUGCGCCCACAUUUUCUCCCUCUAGUUUAGGUUUAUCGUUGUUCACCUUCUUCGUUUGCCAGUUUUAUCUGCUUCACACAUCUUCGAAAGGCAGUGUGACGACCCGACAAGAUCAGAUGAAUUAUGCGCACCAAAUGCCAAUCUUUCCUUGUUCCUCUCCUCAUUCCACCCGCCAACUUUCGCCCAUUUUUCUUCAUAAUCCGAUUUCGGUCACCAAAAUCACCGACUGUUCCUCUUUUUUUUUCUUUUUUCUUUGCACAAAACUGCAACAUUGCCGGUUUUCUUAUCACCACCUGCAAACGUGACAGUCUGUUUCAGGGGGGAAAUGCCUUUUUUCGAUGUUCCGACUCUGAAUGUGAUUCAACUUGGCUUCGGCUUCUUGACCAACUUUUUCGCGUUCAAUUCUCAAGGAUUCAUCGAGGAAGCUGUCAUCGACAGUGCCUCGGACUCUGGAAACUUGAACAAGCAUGCGGGGUAUUACAGUCUAUCCAUUAUUUAUGCGGUUUUCACAGUUGCCAACUUUGCCGCCGCACCAAUUGUUGACAUUCUCACACCUAAAUGGGCAAUGUUCUUUGGAUCUCUUUGUUAUGCAGUUUUUCAGGUUUGGUUGACAUCUUUGUAAUAGCCUAAACGUAAGUUAAAUGGACUUUAGGUUGGCUUUCUAUUUCUGAACGAAUGGUAUUUGUAUGCGAGCAGUGCACUUUUGGGAUUCGGAGCUUCUAGUAAGAUUAGACUUACCAAGCCGAUUGAAUAGUUUUUUUCAGUUAUUUGGACUGGACAAGGAUCAUAUCUAUCUCAAAAUUGUACUAAGGAAACGACAAGCAGAAAUAGUGCAAUGCUGUGGGCCAUGUCGGAAAGUUCCCUGCUCGCUGGAGGUGCCUUCCUGUUCAUUGUCUUCAGCGUUCAAGGUGCAACUGACCAGAUUGCAACUUCGACGGUUCGUUCCUUACAGAAACAAAACAUCAUUUUUCUCCUCAGAUAAACAUCCUCUACUCAGUCUUUUUCGUCCUUUCCCUCAUCUCCUCCAUCAUCUUUGCACUUCUCCGUCAGCCAUUCUACGUGGAAACUGUAGACCGCAAAAAUUACGGCAAACUGGUUGGAUCCACGUUCGAAUUGAUGUUCACCAAGAAAAUGAUCGCUCUCGCGUUUGUUUUCGCCUACACCGGAAUCGAGCAAUCUUUCUGGACAAGUGACGUGCCGGGGUUUUUGGUUUGUGUGAACCGAUUUCUUUUUAGGUAUUUACCCGACGUCGGUCUCGUUUACCCGAAAGUUGGGGAGUAACACGAACGCUCUUCUCGCUCUGAAUGCAAUUUGCACUGGAUUCGGGCAGAUGUUCGGUGAGGGAACGAGAAUUCCAUUUGAAUAGAAAAUUGACGCUCUUUUUUUGUAUAGCUGGAGCAAUUUUCGGUUUGCUUGGAGAUAAAUCGAGAAAAAUCGGACGUGAUUCUAUAAUUCUGCUCGGAACUAUUGUCCAUCUUGUGGUUUACGCGCUGUGCUACAUCAACUUCCCCGCGGACUCUUCGCUGAAAAAAACCGACGACAUGGGCGGACUUAUAGAGCCGAGCUUAGCAAUUGCUCUGAUUGCGGGAGCACUUUUGGGCUUUGGUGACGCGGUGUGGAACACUCAAAUCUAUUCGUUCCUCUGCGAUACCUAUCCAAAGCAGAGUGCUCAGGCUUUCGCUCUUUUCAAAUUCUAUCAGGUGUGUUGUGUUUUGUUUCCUAUCCAAUUUUCCAUCCAAUCUACCUAAAUUCUUUUCCAGUCCGCUCUCUCGUGCGCCGCGUUUUUCUACGCACCCGUGCUCCAACUCUACUGGCAUUUGGUCAUUUUGGUCAUCACUUCUUUGUUUGCGGCAAGCUGUUUCUUUUAUGUGGAAAGGAUAUCAAGGGAGACGACUUCCGUUAGAGAUUCAUACAAUUUUGAAGCGGAAAAAGAGGCUAGAGCAGUAGGAGGGGAUAUACAAUACCGAGUAGAGGAUAAUCUAGAGCAUAAUAGUAGGUUGCAAGGAAGCGGAGAGAACAAAUGACCAAAGGGACAAAUUGCAGGUGUUACAAUGAUGUCGAGAAAGUAUACUGAUCCGGAUGCACUUCACAAAUUUUAA